AUGGCACCCGCAGCCACAGAGACCGAGUGGAACCACGAAUACAACACAUUGCGCAGGGAAGACCUCUUCCGCAACCCUCCCAAAGAUUACUCGGCAUAUCCUGCCCUUCAGCUUGCCGUCAACCCUCACAUCGAGUCCUUCGACCGCCUGUUCUGUGACGAUGGCAAGCCAGGGCUCAUCGCCCAUGGUCUAGCCGACAUUGGCACCAAGACCUACCUCGAUGGCGACGAGAGGGCCGCCCCAGACGGCAAGAAUGUCUUGACGAUCCGGAUCAAGGAUGUGAACCUGCAGAAGCCUCAAUUGCCGCCCUCAAACAAAAAGGCGAAACGGCGCGAGAUCCUCCCGGCAGAGUGCCGAGAGCGCCAUGCGUCGUAUCGCGGUCGACUUUCGGCAACGUUGGAGUACAGGGUCAAUGGGGGCGAUCCCGUUGAGUUCUCGAGAGACCUUGGCCUUGUGCCAAUCAUGUUGAAGUCAAAUCGGUGCCAUCUCCAGAAUAACUCGCCGAGUCAGCUUGUCGAAAACAAGGAGGAGUCGGAAGAGCUGGGCGGCUACUUCAUUGUCAACGGUAACGAGAAGAUCAUCCGAAUGCUGCAACUCAACAAGAGGAACUUCCCCAUGGCGAUCAACCGACCGAGUUUCCAGAACCGAGGUCUCGGAUACACCCCGUAUGGUAUCAUCAUGCGCUCCGUCCGGCCCGACGAGACUUCGCAAACAAACGUUCUUCACUAUCUCAGCGACGGCAACAUGACCUUUAGGUUUUCGUGGCGCAAGGCGGAGUACCUCGUGCCCGUGAUGAUGAUCCUGAAGGCGCUUGUCGAUACCAACGAUCGCGAGAUUUACGAGGGUCUCAUUGGUCCUGCGGGAUCCAAAUCUACAGAGAAUACGUUCAUGACCGACCGUGUCGAGCUUCUGCUGCGCACAUACAAGACGCAUCAGCUGUACACAAAGUCCGAGACCAGGGCAUUCCUCGGCGAGAAAUUCAGGCCCGUGUUGGGUGUACCUGAGAACAUGGACAACUACGAGGUGGGAACUGAAUUCCUCAGGCGCAUUGUUCUCGUGCACCUCGGCAACGUGGAUGUCACCCCGGAGCAGAACAAUGACAAGUUCAGCAUGCUGCUCUUCAUGAUGCGCAAGCUGUACGCCCUGGUCGCUGGCGAGUGCGCCGUGGACAACCCCGAUGCGAUCCAGCACCAGGAGAUCCUGCUCGGUGGCUUCCUCUACGGCCAGAUCCUCAAGGAGAGGCUGGACGAGUACCUGGGCGUCAAUGUUCGCGCGGUUCUCCGGGAUUACUUCAGGCGAAACCCCGCGGUCAGCUUCCCAUCGGAAGACUUCAAAAAGGAUUUCCCGAACAAGAUCUUCCAGAAGACGUCGGAGAAUGUCGGCAACGCGUUGGAAUACUUCCUCUCGACCGGUAACUUGACCAGUCCCUCUGGUCUUGAUCUCCAGCAGACUGCCGGCUUCACCGUCGUUGCAGAAAAGCUCAACUUUUUGCGCUUCAUCAGUCACUUCCGCAUGGUACAUCGCGGUGCCUUCUUCGCGCAACUCAAGACCACCGCUGUGCGAAAGCUGCUGCCGGAAUCGUGGGGUUUCAUGUGUCCUGUGCACACGCCCGAUGGUGCCCCGUGCGGUUUGCUGAAUCAUUUAGCGCACAAGUGCAAGAUUAUGACGGAUUCCAUCGACGUGUCCAAGCUUGCCGGCUUGGCCGCCGAGAUGGGGCUGAGCAGUGUCUCUGAGGCUUCGACAGCCGUCAGCGUGCCCGUGGUCCUCGACGGCAAGCUGCUGGGCUUCUGCUCGCCCAAGGAGGCACUUAGGAUAGCCGACUGCUUCCGCUACUGGAAGGUGGAAGGGACCCAUGGCGUGCCUCUUCACCUUGAGAUCGGGUACGUGCCUCCAUCCAACGGUGGUUCGUACCCUGGUGUCUACAUGACCUCGACACCUGCCCGCAUGGUCCGUCCCGUCAAGUAUCUACCGCUGCAAAAGGAGGACUAUGUCGGUCCCUACGAACAGCCCCACAUGUCGAUCGCCGUCGUGCCCCAGGAGAUUGAGUCUGGCCGCUCCACCCACGUCGAGUUCAGCCCUACCAACAUGCUCUCCAUCCUCGCCAACAUGACUCCCUUCUCCAACUUCAACCAGUCCCCUCGAAACAUGUACCAGUGUCAGAUGGGGAAGCAGACCAUGGGUACGCCUGGAACAGCCAUCGCCCAUCGCACCGACAACAAGUCCUACCGCAUCCAAACCGGACAGACGCCGAUCGUCCGCGCGCCUCUGCACAAUACGUAUGGUUUCGACAACUUCCCCAACGGCAUGAACGCCGUCGUGGCCGUCAUCUCCUACACCGGAUACGACAUGGACGACGCCAUGAUUAUAAACAAGUCGGCCCACGAGCGUGGCUUUGGUCACGGAACCAUCUACAAGACCAAGAAGAUCUCCCUCAAGGACGAUUCGCGCACGAGGGUCACCAAGAGUGUUACCAAGGCCUUCGGAUUCGCCCCCCACAGCCACAUCCCGGCCUCACACCAAGGCAUGCUCGACGACGACGGUCUUCCCCACGUCGGCCGUCUCGUAUCAGAGGGCGACAUUAUCUGCGCAUGGCACACGGUGACGCCCGACUACAACGGCAACCUCAUCAACCUCGACGGCGUGACGCACUACGAGAAGUACAAGGACUCGGAGACGGGAUUCGUCGAUGAGGUGCGCUUGAUCGGCGCCGAGACGGGCAACGAGCCCCUGCAGAGCAUCUCCCUGAAGCUGCGCGUGCCCCGGUCUCCCAUUAUCGGUGACAAGUUCUCCUCGCGUCACGGUCAGAAGGGUGUCUGCUCGCAAAAGUGGCCUGCCAUCGACAUGCCCUUCUCGGAAUCAGGGAUGCAGCCCGACAUCAUCAUCAACCCCCACGCGUUCCCCUCUCGAAUGACCAUUGGCAUGUUUGUCGAGUCGUUGGCUGGCAAGGCCGGUGCCCUGCACGGCCUCGCGCAGGACUCGACGCCUUUCAAGUUCGAUGAACAGAACACGGCCGGCGAGUACUUUGGCCACCAGCUAAUGAAGGCUGGCUACAACUACCACGGCAACGAGCCCAUGUACUCGGGCAUCACUGGCGAGGAGCUGGGCGCCGACAUCUACGUCGGUCUCGUCUACUACCAGCGUCUGCGUCACAUGGUCAACGACAAGUACCAGGUCCGAACGACUGGUCCCGUGGUGCCCACGACCGGCCAGCCCAUCAAGGGUCGUAAGCGUGGUGGUGGUAUCCGUGUCGGAGAGAUGGAGCGUGACGCCCUGCUCGCGCACGGCACGGCGUUCCUGCUGCAGGAUCGUCUGCUCAACUGCUCGGAUUACUCCAAAUCGUGGAUGUGCCGUCGCUGCGGAUCCUUCCUGUCCGUGCAGCCGACCGUGUCGCAAUUCGCGACGGGCAAGAAGAAGGCGCCGCAGGUCGUGAGGUGUCGUGGGUGCGCGACCAAGUUGGACGAUGCGGAAGGUAUCGACCUGACGGAGAUUCAGGGCGAGAUCUGGGAGGAUGGCCAAGGGAAUUCGUGGGUUGGUGGUGAUCAGACCACGCAGGUGGUGGUGCCCGGUGCGCUCAAGUUCUUGGACGUGGAGCUCGCCGCGAUGGGCGUCAAGCUCAAGUACCGCGUCGGCAAGGCCGAUGAGCCCCGCAAGGGGCCAAUGCGGCCGAUUGCCGUGGGUGCAUGA